UUGCAUUCGUACUUUGUUGUUUAUCAUUACUGUCUCUCGUAUACGCAUCUCCAACUACAUUGAUAUUACGUCUCUGCAUUCGAGCGUCGUUGCCGGCAGUCUGUUUGUUGAGAGUAUAGAUACCUUGACUAUCGACUAUCGACUCUUGAGCCAUCAUCGCCCGCCUUUGUAUUUUCUCUUCAGUCAAACGAAACGAAACAAAACGAAACAAAACGAAAAAAGACAAAGAAAUGUCCCGGCUGUUCUCCCGCGCAGAUGUCAAAGCCCGUGGCUCUGUGGAAAAGGGAUGUCUGAUUAUCAUCGAUAAUAAUGUAUAUGAAAUGUCUAGUACGUUUGUCUUUUUCUUUCCUUCCCCUCUUUUUUUUUUUUUUUCUUUUGGACCAAAGACCUCGCCCCAUUCAUUUUUGCUUUCGUCACUUGACCCAUGUGUCGUCGUCGUCGUCGUCGUCGUCGUCGUCGUCGUCGUUGUUGCUGUUUUGUUUUUGUUUUAUUUACUUUCCACCCUCCCUUUACGCAAAAAAGGAAGAGAAGAAGAAGAAGAGGGAGAAGGGGAGGGGGCAGUGGGCUGGAAACAAGACAACGAUACAUGCUACAAUGCCAUGCUACGACACAACCAACCCUAUGUUGACCAUGACCGACGGCUAGGCUUCCUGAACGAACAUCCCGGUGGGUCCGUGAUAUUGAAAAAAUUCGGCGGCAAGGACGCAACCAAGAUGUUUUGGAGGUUCCACAACGAGACCGUGCUGCAGCGAUACGGCGAGCGAUUAAAAGUCGGCGAACUUGAGGAGCGGGCGCGACUAUAGAGUCAGAUAUACAGGAUACAGCCAGAUAUACAGUCAGUCAGAGUAUACAGUCAAACUACACAGUCGGACUAUAGAAGAGUAUAGAAGAGUAUAAAUGAAGUCUGUAGAGUAUGGAGUCAGACCAUAGGACAUCAUGUGAUAAAGACUCAGGAGAUACGAUAAAGAUUCUAGGAGAUACGAUAAACACUACAGGACAAAAGAUAGAGACUCAGGAGAUACCAAAAUCUCGACAGUAUAAGCCACGUUCAUAGGGUCUGGUGA